CUGAGAGGGUCCAAGUAGUGAGAGUGAACUGCAUCUCCGGAACCGCGCUCCCUGGCACCGACCCAGCGGACCUGAGGAGUGAAACGGAGAGGGACACGAGAUAGAAGACACUGAGACUGCUGUGCGGGUCCUGAAGUUAGGACUUGAUUCUGCCAUGUCAAAGCUGCAGCAUGUUCUCUCUCGAUCUGGAAAGUGAUAGCACUGCGGAAGACACAGCGCUUGAUACCCCCAACGAUGGAGAGGAGGAGGAAGAGGAGGAAGAGGAAGACGCGCCGACCACCGUCGAGGUGCAGGAGGAGCAGAGGCCAGUGAAGCAGUCCCUGGGUGCGUGUGUUUGUCGGGAGUCCCACUGGCGUUGCCUGCUGCUCUCCCUUCUCAUGUACAGUUGCCUGGGUGCUGUCACCUGGUGCCAGCUCACCAGCGUCACCAAGCUCAGCUUCGACACCUCCCUCACCUCCCUCCGGGGCGCGCCAGGGGACGGGGGGGGGCGCUCCAUGAUCUACCACGACAGCCCCUGCUCCGACGGCUACCUCUACAUCCCCCUUGCUUUCCUGCUCAUGCUGUAUGUGGUCUACCUGGUGGAGUGUUGGCACUGUCGCGCUCACAGCCAGCUGCAGGUCAAGGCCGAUGUGGACAGCGUGUAUGAGCGCGUGCUGCGCAUGCGACAGGCCCGGCCCUGCGUGUGGUGGAAGGCCAUCAGUUAUCACUUUGUCCGGCGGACGCGUCAGGUUACCCGCUACCGCAAUGGGGACGCCUACACCAGCACGCAGGUGUACCACGAGCGCGUCAACACGCACGUGGCCGAGGGGGAGUUCGACUACGCCCGCUGCGGGAUGCAGGAUGUGUCACGGGAGCUGCGGGGGCUGGAGGGCCACCCGGCCACACGGUUACGCUUCACCAAGUGCUUCAGCUUCGCUGGGGCGGGGCCGGAGAACACCUACCUUAACCAGCGGGCGAGGUUCUUCUCCGAGAUAGAGGGUAUGGAUGACUACAUGGAGGCCCGGGAGGGGAUGCAGCUGAAGAACGUAGACUUUAAGGAGCACCUGAUCACCUACGUGGAUCCUGACCACCUACCCUGGUACACCUCCCGAGUGGCCUUCUGGCUGGCUGCUCUGCUCAUGCUGUCUUGGCCUCUGAGGGUUCUGAUAGAGUACCGUACGGCGUACGUCCACUACCAUGUGGAGAAGCUGUUUGGGCUUGAGUACAGCCACAGCAGCCCCUCUCCCAUAGACGAAGAAGUUCCCGUGAGGAACGGGGAUUGUGCUGGACUCCCAAGGGUAGACACACUGGACAGCACAGAGCUGGAGUGGCACAUCCGUUCCAACCGCCAGCUGAUCCCCAGUUACUCUGAAGCCAUGCUUCUGAACCUGGACCUGGGGGGCUCUGGUUCUAGAACAGCCAUCACUGCUGAUGACAACACCACGUCCUCCAACCGCUUCCUGUUGAACGGCAGCCCGAGAGCACAAAGCUACGGGACACUGGUCCAGGACUGCGAGCACUGUAGCCAGCUGCAAGCCAGAGGAGGAGGAGCAGGAGGAAGGAGACGGACCACCACUAGCUCUAGCUGUUCCUCCAUCUUCUCCCGCAAUGCAUUCCACUCACGCCUCUCCCUGGACACCUCCCGGUUCUCUCUGUGCCGUAUGUACGGCUCUCGCCGAACUGUAGGGCUCUGGCGAAGCCGCAGCAGCAACCUGACGGACCGGGGGGCUGCCGGGAACGGGAACGGCUGUUCCUACUCCAGCCAGCUGGCCCUCACCGACAGCCCUCCCACCUACCGGGACGCACGCUUCUUCCCGGUGCUCAUAGUACACAGGCCGGAGAGCUGCGGCACGUCCGAUGGAACGGAUGUACGCCGCUACUUUGUCCGGAGAGCGUCCUACUGCCUUGAGACUUCCCUCUGAAAUACAGACAGACGCUGAGAGAAACAUUGUGAACAGAGUGCAAAUACAACACAAAAAUAUUCUAUUACGAAAUAUCAAUGGUGCAUCAGGCAUUAAGAUACAGACUGCCUUUUUGUGUCGAUGUCUUGAUUCAUUUGUCUGUGUUAAAGAAAUUCACAUAAUUAGAUCAUAGAGAAAUUGCAACCCUGGCUGCCAAUAUUGCUUGACUGAUGGAUAUCCUUGAGGUUCCAGCAAGAAUAAAGGGUGCAUGUUGGAUUGAUAAGGUGUAGUUAAAACUAACCCUAAUUCUCUGAUUUUGUGUGACUGUUGUAGCCAAAGGUGUAGCCUACAUUUUGUCUGUCAAAGCUUUGAGUACAGCUGAGUACAUUUAGAAACAGAACUCAUGGACCUUUGGAUAAAAUAUAGAUUCAAUUGAACUGUUGAUCUGCAAAACGUGAAUGACAAUGUAAGCAUACAAAACGCAAUAAUCCCCCUUUUAAUGGCAAGGACUGUUAAUAAAAGAGACAUCAUUCUUUCUCUAGUUCUAUAGUAUUCAAUAGAGUUGGGUCCCAUUAGGGAAUAAUAGCACACAAAACUCGCUUCACCCUCUUUAUAAAGCACUUGAUAGGCUA